AGAGUUGCUCUCAGAAUAUGGGACCAAAACAGACUCACAUGCAUGAAGUCCAGCAGGCCAGCUUUCUGCUGAAAGCUGCUCUGCUGUCCGUCCUGCUGAGUGGCCUGCAGCACGUGCUGGCAGACUCAGAUGAGGAGGCCCCAACUGAGUGGGAGAUCUGGAAAAGCAGAUAUGGCAUAAGCUAUGAUGAAUCAGAUGACAUGGAAAGGAGAGCCAUCUGGGAGGAGAAUAAGCAGUUGAUUGAAGACAACAACCGAAGGUUUCUCAUGGGGAUGAAGUCAUUCAGUAUGGCUAUGAAUAGAUAUGGAGACCUAACACAACAAGAAUACCGGGUUUUGCAAGGUGCCAAGAUGAAUGCUCAGUUUGUAAAGAGAGGGAAAGAAGUCUCAGCUCGAAGACUGCGUAACAAUGCAAGGCAUUUAGAUGGCUAUGCUGUUGACUACAGAAACAUGGGUUUUGUGACUGAGGUUAAAGAUCAGGGCUUUUGUGGGUCAUGCUGGGCCUUCAGCACUACGGGAGCUAUAGAGGCACAGCUGUACAAAAAGACAGGUCAGCUGAUAUCCUUGAGCGAACAAAACUUAGUGGAUUGUUCUAAAUCCUUUGGUACCUAUGGGUGCAGUGGUGCCUGGAUGGCCAAUGCUUAUGACUAUGUGGUCAGCAACGGGCUGGAGUCUUCAAACACCUACCCAUACACCUCAGUGGUAGGACUCUGCUGUCUUAUCCUACAUCAUAAAAAAGUAAAUAAUUCUGCGGACAUGCUGCGGUUAACA